UGCCCAGCCUGGGACCCUGAGCGCUGAUGGCUCCCUGGAGGCUGCCCCUGCUCGCCGUGUCUCUGCUGUGGGGCUGGCUGCUGGCCUCCUCCUCCUCCUCACCCAGCACAGUUGCUCCCCCCCAAGACCUGCGGAUCACUGACCCCGGGCUCCUGGGCUCCCUGGAUGUGGAGUGGAAGCCUCCUCCCCAUGCCCAGACCUUCCAGGAGUGCACAGUAAAAUACAAGCUUGAAUAUCACAGCACUGGGGAUAGAGACUGGAAGGUUAUUUUUACUAGGAAGCUAAAACUCAGAGUUGGAUUUGACCUCAGCAGGACUGCUGAAGUGAGGCUGCAGACACUGCUCAAAGGAAGGUGUACAGGUGACGUGGAGCUGCAGAGUGACUGGAUUUAUGCAACCUUUCAGAUCCCACCACAAGGAAAACUUGAAUCAGAGGUCCAGAAAUUCAAGUGCAUCUAUCAUGACUGGGAAUACCUGAAGUGCACCUGGCAGCCAGGUCUCCUCACACCUCAUGGUGUACAUUAUGGGCUGUAUUAUUGGUACGAGGGGCUGGAGCAGGCGGUGCAGUGUGCUCAGUACAUCCAGGAGCAGGGGCUGAACCUGGGCUGUGUGCUGCACAACCUCAGCCAGGCAGAGUACCGCGAUCUCCACAUCUGCGUCAAUGGCUCGGCAGCAGGCGCCCAGCUCCGGCCGCUGUACAGCACCCUGCGCCUGCACAACCUCGCACAGCCCUCGGCCCCGGAGCAGCUGCAGCUGUCGGUGUCCGCAGCCCAGGAGCUGAGGGCCGCCUGGAGCCCGCCGGGAGGGCGGGUGCCGCCGCACUGCCUGGAGUACGAGGUGCAGGUGGCCGAAGAUGCGGCAGCCUGGGCGUUUGUUUCAACCCAAAUGGAAACUGCUGUAACAAUUUCCAGAGCAAACCAAAGCCACGUUUCAUGUGUUCGUGUCAGGGGGAGAACAAACAUUUUCUGUGCAGACCAAGGCUUCUGGAGUGAAUGGACACAGGAUUGUUUCUCUGUGCCCAGAAAAGAGGACAAGCAGCUAUUUAUUCUCAUUCCAGUAAUCCUGAGUUUGUCAAUUAGCCUUAUAAUAUUUAUGUUGAUUGGCCAGUGCAAGAAAAGAUCCCCAGCAGGAAAGCCAUUGCACACAUCUCUGGGAUUCUAACUGCCUGUGCCUGCUGCACUGCUCGUGUUUGGUGGGCUGCUCAUGGAACCAUCCUAAAGAC